AUGAGAAUUUACUUCCGUACACUUCUUUUCAAGCAGUUGGUUACAUUAGAUACCUCUUUAUUCGUGAAAGCACUCUCGAUAAUGGCAAAACCAGCUCGAAGUGUAGUAAAUUUGGCAUCUCUUGACGCCAAAUGGUUGGCCCGCUGGAGAAAGGAAUGUGGGGGUCAAUUUUUAAAUCCCAGACGUUUAGUGAAAAAUAAACCUGGAAUGAAGAAAGUAUACUCUCUCACAAUGUUUCCAUACCCAUCCGGAAUGCUUCAUAUGGGCCAUCUUAGAGUGUAUACCAUAUCAGAUGUGCUUUCCAGGUAUUACCGAAUGAAGGGUCAUGAUGUGUUACAUCCUAUGGGGUGGGAUGCGUUUGGACUACCUGCAGAAAAUGCUGCAAUUGACAGAGGAGUGGAUCCUGAUUUGUGGACCAGGCUCAAUAUAAAGAAAAUGAAGCACCAGAUGGAGCUUAUGCACACAGAUUUUGACUGGGAUCGUGAAGUUACCACCUGUAAUCCGGAUUACUACAAAUGGACCCAGAAAAUAUUCUUGCUUCUUUACAAGCAUGGUCUUGCAUACCAAAAAAAAGCCGAGAUCAACUGGGAUCCGGUCGAUAAAACUGUCUUGGCAAAUGAGCAGGUUGACGAUAAGGGUCGAUCAUGGAGAUCUGGUGCGAUUGUAGAGAAGCGGCUCUUAAAGCAAUGGUUUUUGGGAAUUACAAAGUAUGCAAAGGUGUUGAACAGCGAUCUUAAGCUUCUUACUGACUGGCCUUCGAAAGUGCGGACCAUGCAGCGAAAUUGGAUUGGUGAAAGUCAUGGUGCACAAAUAACGUUUCCUGUUGAUCAAAGCAGUGUCCAUUUACCUGUUGAUAACGUCAAGGUUUUUACUACUCGAGCUGAAACGAUAUUUAGUGUUCAGUACCUCGCAUUGUCAUUUGAUCACCCAAUAACACAAGCUUACAGUGCUCAGGACCCGAAAUUGGCCUCUUUUAUUGCCCGUUUGAAUAGUAUCGAGAAUGUUGAGAAGUCCAAAGAAGGAUACAAGCUUGAUUCUGUGUUUGUUUCGAAUCCGCUUGACCCUAGUCGUAAAAUUCCUGUUUUCGUUGCCCCAUACGUCAUUUCUGGUUAUGGCCAGGGAGUAGUUAUGGGUUGCCCAGCUCAUGAUAAGCGUGACUUUGGCUUUUGGCAUGCAAAUAUGGGUGAGAACAGUGUGAUUAUUAAAACUGUUGAUCCAAAAGGUCUCAAAGAUGAUGAAUUGGAAAAAUAUGCAAAUAUUCCAUACACUGGAAAGGAGGGAACAAUGAACUCCAAUGCUGGAGAUGUGCUCUGUGGUAAAAACACGUCCGAAGCCCGUGAGCUUGUCGUUGCGAUGCUGGAAAAGACUAAUUUGGGAACGCAUAAAGUUAAUUAUAGACUCCGCGAUUGGUUAAUAUCCAGACAACGUUAUUGGGGUGCCCCAAUCCCAAUUAUUCACUGUGAUAAAUGUGGUGUAGUCCCGGUUCCGGAUGAUCAACUUCCAGUGGUACUCCCAAAAGUUGAUAAACUGUUCAGCAGAGGAGGCUCACCACUUGCUCAGAUUCCAGACUUUGUGAACACAACAUGUCCAAAAUGUCAUGGUCCUGCCAAACGUGAUACUGAUACGAUGGAUACUUUUAUGGACUCUUCAUGGUAUAUGUUUAGAUAUGUUGAUCCUCACAACAAUCGUGAAAUGUUCGCAAAAGAUCUUGCAACCCAGUAUAUGCCGGUAGAUCAGUACAUUGGUGGAGUUGAGCAUGCCAUCUUGCAUUUGCUUUACAGCCGUUUUAUUUCAAAGUUCUUGUGCUCGAUUGGAAUGUAUACCGACACUACCAAAAUGAAUGGAGAACCGUUCAAGCAAUUAAUUACACAAGGGAUGGUUCACGGGAAAACAUUUAUAAAUCCUGAUAAUGGGCGUUUCUUGAAGCCAAACGAAUAUGAGAUUCAAGGUGAUGGUGGUGCGAUCAUCAAGGCUACUGGUAAGAGGGCCUCUGUUUCUUUUGAAAAAAUGUCAAAGUCGAAGUUCAAUGGAGUGGACCCUGCAACGUGUAUCGCUAAGCAUGGUGCGGAUGCGACUAGGGCACAUAUUUUGUUCCAGGCACCAAUAAGUGACAUUCUCAACUGGGAUGAAGAUAAAAUUGUGGGUGUUGAAAGAUGGUUAAAGAAAGUGAUUUGGCUGGCAGAAGCAUUAUCCGAUGAAGUUAAACCAAGUAUGUUUAAGAUUGAAAAGCCGAAAUCCGAAUAUAACACUUCUGAAAUCAGAUUUCAUAAUGCCCUGGUUGGAUAUCUGCAGUCACUGAAUAUGUCGUUUUCAAAAACCCUCAUGUUGAAUACAGUUAUAUCCGAUUACAUGAAAUACAGCAAUGAAUUAUCAUUGCAUAUUCAUGAUAAAAAUAUUGAUCCUUCUUUGAAAUAUAAAGCAUUGAUGACUCUGUUGAAAGUGAUGUCACCUGUUGCUCCUGUUACUGCGGAAGAGGCAAAUGAAGUUUUGCAUAGAUUUAGUCCUGGUACUAUCAGAUCCAUUUUGAAGUCAGAUUGGCCUGAGGUUGGGGAAUUAAUUGAGGGAAACAUCAAUUAUAAUGUAAUGGUGAACGGAAAAAUGAGAUUUAUUUAUUCAGGCCCCAAGGAACUUAUUCAAAAUAGAGAUCACUGCAUUAAUGAGGUGAUGAAGACUGAAGGGGCUAAGAAAUGGCUUGAUGGAAAGCAAAUCAAGAAGGUUAUCUUGAAAAAGGGAGCCAUCGUGUUUAUAGUAAAGUAA